GCAACAAUAACGCAUUAAUUCUAUUCUUUUUCGCCGCCCAGCCCCUAUAUUAGCUCGUAUAAUUUUAUUUUACCUUCUCAUUUUAUAAUUUAUUAACAAAUACUUUAAACAUGGGUGCUGGAAGCAGACCCAGUACACCGAGUUCCACAAAGGCCGAGGCCUCAUCGAUUGCGGUUUCUGCAGCAUCUCAGCUGACAAUUGGCUGCAAGGCAUUUUUCGAAAAGGAUAGUGAGAUCCGGCAAGCUGAAAUCCUGUCUAUCCGUGACAAGGUCAAAAAGCAAAACAUCCAGCGUACAGCCGACGACGCGCCCCUAGACAACACCGACGGCAGCAUCGAAUUUGAGUUUUACGUGCACUACGUGGAAUUCAAUAAACGCCUGGACGAAUGGGUAGUAGACACUCGCAUGCGCUUGGACAAGCCCGUUAUAUUCCCCAAGAAGAAAAGCAAAGCCGUUAAUGUUGGGCAGCAACAGUCGGUCAGGGACAAGAGGAGGAAGACUAACGUGGGAGGUAGCUCUGUAGCCUCGGCUGGUAGCGCGCCGCAGACUCCUGAGGUUAUUCGUCACGAUGACGCGGUUUACACGGCGCCGCUGGAUACCUUUUCGAAGGAAAAGGAGAUUGAGAAGUUGCGCACGCAUGGGUCAAUGACUCAGUCAACAAGUGAGGUCGCGCGCAUGAAAAAUCUCAAUGUCAUUGAGAUGGGUCAGUACCAGGUCGAGCCUUGGUAUUUUUCUCCGUACCCGGUGGAGUACUCGUACACGCCCACACUCUACAUAUGCGAGUUUUGUCUAUGCUACUACGCCAACCACACACAGUACGCCAGGCACCGGACAAAAUGUACCCUGCAGCAUCCACCUGGUAACGAGAUAUACAGAAAGGACGAGAUUUCGUUUUUUGAAAUUGACGGGAGGCGACAAAAGACAUACUGCCGUAAUCUCUGCCUGUUGUCUAAGUGCUUUUUGGACCACAAGACAUUAUACUACGACGUGGACCCCUUCUUGUUCUACAUACUGACGAAGCGCGACGACAGAGGGUUCCAUAUAAUUGGAUAUUUUAGCAAGGAGAAGGAGUCUGCGGACAACUACAACCUGGCGUGCAUUCUGACCCUGCCUCAGUAUCAGCGCAUGGGAUUUGGCCGCGUGUUGAUUCAGUUUUCAUAUGAGCUUUCUCGCGCCGAGCGUAAGGUGGGAUCCCCGGAAAAGCCGCUGUCAGACUUGGGCUUGCUCAGUUAUCGCACGUAUUGGGCCGAGGUUCUUGUCGAGCAUUUGAUGACAAUCGAUGGCGAGAUUAGUGUCGAUGAACUGAGCCAGCGCACUUAUUUUACCACACAGGACAUUAUGCACGCGCUGUUCAACUUGGACGCUGUUCGGUAUUAUCAUGGUCAGCACUGUAUUGUUUUGAGCGAGCGGGUGGUUGAAUCAUACGAAAGGUUUAAGAAGAAGAAGCAUCGUAAGAUUGACCCGUCGUGCUUGAAGUGGACGCCAAAGGUUUUCACGCAAGCCGAGCUGCGCUACAUAUAGCUCUCUUUAAUGUUUUUUGUUUAAAUUUUAUUUAUUUUGUUUUAGUUUACUUGUUGUUGACC